GCGCGCACGUUGAGUGGCGGGGGAAGGCAGAAGAACUGCCCGAGCGAGGAGCGGCUCCGAGGGCUGGGCAGCACAGUUGGGGUGCCCGCUUCGGGGCCCCCAAGAGGCUGCCGGGUCGGAGUGCAGCCUGAGACCACGGGGGGAAGGGGGUGGGUGGGCUAAGAGCAGUUCGGCGGCGAGGCUGGCCCGCCGCCCCUUCCCCCCACACCCGUCGACCUUGUGGGCAGAAGCUUCCCAGAGCUCCUUACGCCGGCGCGAUGGCGACUGCUGUGGAGACGGAGGCCUCGCAGCCGACGGAUGCGAGCUGUGAAAGUGGCGGCGGCGGAGACGACGAGAUGAAGCAGGCGCUUCCGGAGCUUGAGUCCUCCCCACAAAAUGGCGGCGGCGGCGGCCUCAACAUCGCUGAGCCCGGCGGCGGCGCUGGGCCUGAGGAGACCGCGGGGGCCGAGGCCGCCCAGAGCUUCAGCCACGAGCAGCCUCAGGACUCCUCUGAGGCGGGCGCGGCCGCCCUGCUCAGAGGCCCCGAAGAGCCGGAAAGGCCUGUUAGGAGGAGUUUUCAGAUCCCCAGGAAGAGCAGAGAAAAGAAAGCACUUUUCCAGCCAUUAACUCCAGGCUCUCGAGAAUUUGAAGAUGUUGUAAAUAUUCUCCAUUCUUCUUACCUUGAACCAACCUCAGUAACAAAUUUUAACUACAGACGUGCUUGCUUGAUACACAAUGAGCUUUUGGAAAAGGAGUUUACAGAAAAGCGAAGAGAACUGAAGUUUGAUGGUCGCUUAGAUAAGGAACUUUCAGAAUCCUAUGCAUUUCUGAUGGUUGAUCGAUACCAGGUUCAAAGCAUAUGUGAAAAAGGAUUACAUGUGGGUCAGUCCAAAAUAACAAUUCUUGGCAGUCCUUCCAUGGGUGUCUAUCUUUCUAGGUAUGCUGAUUUAUUACAAGCGAAUCCUUUGGACACGGGGGCAAUGGGUGAUGUUGUUAUUUUUAAAAUAAUGAAGGGUAAAAUAAAGAGUAUAUAUGACCCCAUGGGUGUGAAAAAUUUGGAAUCUAUGUUAAAUAAAAGUGCUUUGGACCCCACACCAAAGCAUGAAUGUCAUGUGUCGAAGAAUGCCAAUCGAAUUACAUCACUUUUGGCUUACAGAGCCUAUGAGCUUACUCAGUAUUAUUUUUAUGAGUAUGGCUUUGAUGAGCUAAGGCGAAGACCAAGACACGUUUGUCCAUAUGCAGUUGUGUCUUUUACUUACAAAGAUGAUAUACAAACUCCGAAGUUUGUACCUUCAUCAAGAUCUAACAGCUUUAAUGCAGAUAGAAACAUAGAUAAAUAUAACUAUACCUUGUGGAAAGGACAGCUUUUAAAUAAAGGAAAACUUUUGUGUUAUAUUUCUCUGAGGUCAGCCACUCGUGCUUUUUUGCCUAUCAAACUACCUGAGAAGUUAGAUGUUGAAACAGUUAUGAGUAUUGAUCAUCUGAAACAGAAAAUCCCUCCAGCACUGUUUUAUAAGGAAACAUACUUAGGUCCAAAUGAAGUUUUGAAGAAUGGAAUGUAUUGCAGCCUUUAUGAAGUUGUAGAAAAGACAAGAAUUGGAAGUAACAUGGAGAGUUUACUGCAAAAACUAGACAGAGAAAAACUUGUUCUUGUUAAACCUUUGGGAGACCGAGGAUACCUUUUUCUUCUCUCCCCUUAUCAGAUGGUUCCUCCAUAUGAAUAUCAGACUGCCAAGUCUCGAGUCCUACAUGCUUUGUUUCUAUUUCAAGAACCUAGAAGCAUAGUUACUUCACAAAAAGGUUCAACCAAUGCAGCACCAAAGGAGAGGCAUGAGAGCAUGCCAGAUGUAUUAAAAAUAGCUCAGUUUUUACAAUUUUCUUUGAUUCAGUGUCGAAAGGAAUUUAAAAAUAUAAGCACUAUAAAUUUUCAUUCUGUUGUUGAAAAGUAUGUAAGUGAAUUUUUUAAGCGAGGUUUUGGUUCAGGUAAACGAGAGUUUAUUAUGUUUCCAUAUGAUUCACGAUUAGAUGAUAAAAAGUUCUUAUACUCAGCUCCCAGAAAUAAAUCCCAUAUUGAUACUUGUUUGCAUGCCUAUAUUUUUCGGCCUGAAGUGUAUCAGUUACCUAUUUGUAAAUUAAAAGAACUAUUUGAAGAAAAUAGAAAACUUCAACAGUUUAGUCCACUUUCAGAUUAUGAAGGUCAAGAAGAAGAAGUGAAUGGUACAAAAAUGAAAUUUGGAAAACGAAAUAACUCAAGGGGUGAAACCAUUAUAUCUGGAAAGCAAAGAUCAUCUCAUUCUUUGGAUUAUGAUAAGGAUAGAGUCAAAGAAUUGAUUAAUUUAAUUCAGUGUAGGAAAAAGAAUGUGGGUGGGGACUCAGACACCGAAGAUAUGAGAAGCAAAACUGUCUUGAAGAGGAAGCUUGAGGAUCUACCUGAAAAUAUGAGAAAGCUCGCCAAAACCAGUAAUUUAUCAGAAAAUUGCCAUCUGUAUGAAGAGUCUCCACAGCCUUUUGGCUCACUUGGACAUGAUGCUGACUUGAGGCGGCAGCAGCAGGAUACCUGUAACUCCGGCAUUGCUGACAUCCAUAGGCUGUUUAAUUGGUUAUCAGAAACACUAGCAAAUGCGCGCCAUUCUGAUGCAUCUCUAACAGACACAGUCAACAAAGCCUUAGGAUUGAGCACUGAUGAUGCCUAUGAAGAGCUGAGGCAAAAACAUGAGUAUGAGUUGAACUCUAACCCAGAUAAGAAAGAAUAUGAGCAGCCUACUUGUGCAAAAAUUGAAAAUGCACAGUUUAAGGGUACUCAGAGCUUAUUACUAGAAGUUGAUGCAACAUCUAAGUAUUCUGUUGCUAUUUCUACCACCGAAGUGGGCACUGACCAUAAGCUACAUUUGAAAGAAGAUCCAAAUUUAAUUAGCGUGAGUAAUUUUGAAGAUUGCAGUUUGUGUCCCAGUGUUCCCAUUGAACAUGGAUUUCGUAGACAACAGUCUAAGUCAAAUAAUGUUGAAGAAACUGAAAUACAUUGGAAACUGAUACCAAUUACAGGAGGGAAUGCAAGAAGCCCAGAAGAGCAGCUGGGGAAACAUGGUGAGAAACAAACACCAGGUAUGAAAUCACCAGAAGAACAGCUGGUGUGUGUGCCACCACAGGAGGCCUUUCCUAACGACCCCCGGGUAAUAAAUAGACAGAGAAGUUCUGAUUACCAGUUUCCAUCCUCUCCAUUUACAGACACACUAAAGGGCACCACUGAGGAUGACGUGUUGACAGGUCAGGUGGAGGAGCAGUGUGUGCCAGCAGCAGAGGCAGAGCCGCCUGCAGCGAGCGAAACCACAGAGAGGACAGUGUUAGGAGAGUACAAUCUCUUUUCUAGGAAGAUAGAAGAGAUUUUGAAGCAAAAGAAUGUUUCAUAUGUCAGUAGAGUUUCCACACCUAUCUUUACAACACAAGAGAAGAUGAAACGGCUUUCCGAGUUCAUAUAUUCUAAGACUUCCAAAGCUGGUGUGCAGGAGUUUGUAGAUGGUUUGCAUGAGAAGCUAAAUACUAUUAUUAUUAAAGCAUCAGCCAAGGGUGAGAAUUUGCCACCAGUCAGUCCUAACGAUUCUGAUGCUAAGAUAGCAUCGAAUCUUCUGGAAAGGCAUGUCAUACCAGUCUCCUCAAGUGACUUCAACAAUAAACAUCUCCUUGAGCCACUGUGUAGUGAUCCUUUGAAAGACACCAACUCUAAUGAGCAGCAUUCCACUUCGACUUUGAGUUUAACUGAAGUAGAAAUGAACCAGCCUCAACAUGCCACAGAGUUAACGGUGACUUCUGAUCAUACUGUACCUGGUGAUAUGGCCCGGGAACCAGUAGAAGAAACAACAAAAUCCCCCAGUGAUGUAAACAUUUCUGCUCAACCGGCUCUUUCAAAUUUUAUAAGCCAGUUAGAACCUGAAGUAUUUAAUAGUUUGGUUAAAAUCAUGAAAGAUGUCCAGAAAAAUACUGUGAAAUUUUAUAUUCAUGAAGAAGAAGAGAGUGUGCUCUGUAAAGAAAUAAAGGAAUAUCUUAUCAAAUUAGGCAAUACAGAAUGUCAUCCAGAACAGUUUUUGGAAAGAAGAUCAAAAUUAGAUAAACUAUUGAUUAUUAUUCAAAAUGAAGACAUUGCAGGUUUCAUUCACAAGAUACCUGGCUUGGUGACUUUAAAGAAGCUCCCCUGCGUUAGUUUUGCUGGUGUUGAUAGCCUGGAUGAUGUUAAAAAUCAUACAUACAAUGAAUUAUUUGUAUCUGGAGGUUUUAUCGUAUCUGAUGAAUCAAUUCUAAAUCCAGAGGUUGUCACAAUUGAGAACCUUAAAAAUUUUUUGACAUUCCUUGAAGAACUUAGUACUCCAGAAGGAAAAUGGCAAUGGAAAGUCCACUGUAAAUUUCAGAAAAAACUAAAAGAACUAGGCAGAUUGAAUGCUAAAGCUCUAAGUCUGUUGACGCUUCUGAAUGUCUAUCAGAAGAAACAUCUGGUUGAAAUUUUGUCAUACCACAAUUGUGAUUCACAAACUCGAAAUGCUCCAGAAUUGGAUUGCCUUAUCAGACUUCAGGCUCAGAACAUACAGCAACGACACAUAGUCUUUUUAACAGAGAAGACCAUCAAGAUGCUUUCCAGUUAUACAGAUAAUGGAAUAGUGGUUGCAACUGCUGAAGACUUCAUGCAAAACUUUAAAAAUCUUGUGGGCUAUCACAACUCAAUCACAGAAGAAAACCUUCCGCAGCUUGGUGCUAAUGAGAAUCUUGAGUCCCAGUCAGCUCUUUUAGAAAACGAUGAAAAGGAUGAAGAGGAUAUGUCUCUGGAUUCAGGGGAUGAAAUCUCACAUAUAGAAGUAUGCAGCAAUUUUCAUUCAGAAAUAUGGGAGAGAGAGACCAAAGGAUCACGUGGAACAGAUCAAAAAAAGAAUACUCAAAUUGAGUUGCAGUCGUCUCCUGAUGUGCAAAACAGUUUAUUAGAAGAUAAGACUUAUCUUGAUUCUGAAGAGAGAACUUCUGUUGAUAUAGUAUGCUCUGAAGGAGAGAACAGCAAUUCAACAGAACAAGAUUCAUAUAGUAACUUUCAGGUUUAUCAUAGUCAAUUAAAUAUGUCCCAUCAGUUUAGUCAUUUUAAUGUUCUCACUCAUCAGACAUUUUUGGGGACACCAUAUGCCCUUUCAUCAAGUCAGUCUCAAGAAAAUGAAAAUUACUUCUUAUCUGCUUAUACUCAAAGCUUGGAUACAGAUAAAUCUCCACCUCCCUUAAGUGGAGGGAAAAGUGAUUCUUCCAGGCCAUAUUCACAAGAGAAAUAACCGUAGCAACUUUUUUUUAAAAUAGAUUGUUGUGGACUUUGUUUAUUAACAAUUUAUAUUUCAUUCUCUAAACAAAAGGUUCUUGUUCUUUCUCAAAUGUUUUUUCUUUUAUUUAAAUCAUGAUGGUCUGUAACAGUUGAAGCAUCUAAAAAUUGAAAUAAAUAUAUAUUUUUAACAUAUAUUGUACUUGAAUUAUCUCAUGUUGGCACUUCUAAGUUUUACUUUUGUAUGUUACCUGUAGUUAGGCUUCAAAUUGAAGCCUGUUUUAUGUGUAAAAUCAGAUGCUUGCAGGAGGACGGUAAACAGCAAAGGCUUUACUACUUUUGCUCUAAUGUCACCUGAUACAAAGUACUUUUGUUGAAGUGAAUUAUUUUGAUUUAGGCUUUUGUAUAGUGUUUUUACACAGGUAUAAGCCAGUAAUAGCAGUGUUAAUAUUUACAGGAUUUUGGCUCAAUACCUCAAGAUUUAACAAUGCAGUUUCAUUUAGAUAAUAAACUAUGUACAUAGGACACAUUUUUUAUCCCUAGGCUUAGUCACGUAAAAACUGCCUAUUGCUAAAAUUCCGGUAACUUCGAGAGCAUUGGAUUUUUCAGUACUUGUGCAAUCCUUGAUUUAAUGAAAUUAACUUUUAUAUUUCAAACGAUAGGCUUCUGUUUAUCAAUGGCAUUGAACAAUUUGAUUUUUAAAUUAGUUUUAGCAAUAUUGAAGUAUAAUGGAAAUAUAUUUUUGAGGUGGUCUUAGUAGUAAUUACCAUUUGUGGAACACAUUAGUGCUAUACUAGAAAGAUACAGUGGAGAUAGCUUUCAAACCUACAUCUAUUCCUAACUACUGCCUCUAAUACUAAUUACUAACUUGUUGCUAAUGCUAACUUAUAAAAAUGUUUUUGAAAAUUGCAAUUUCUACAAAUGUCAUAAAAGCAGGAUUUAGAGAAGAAAACAAUUUCCACAGAAGCCUAAAUUGAAUUUGUUAUUUUAGUAAAGUUAUAUAGAGUUAUGGGUCUAGACGUGUUAGUAAGUUAGAUAGAACUUUGGCACUUUAGAACAAAUGCAUGAGUGGUAUUUCACUUAAUAAGUUACAUAAAAAGUGUGAAAGAACACUGUGAGGUCCCAGGAACGCCAGACUAUAUUAAGGUAAGUAGUAAGUGUUUUUUUAAUAGGGCUUCAAUACUCAGGUGGUGACAGAGCAGAAGAACAUGUUUUUUUUACUACUAAGCUUUUACAAAAGUAUGUUUUAUUGUAUAGAACAAGUACAGCAUUUUACUACAUAGUAUACAAGUUUUUAAUGAGCAUUUAAAAAAAUAAAAUCUAGGCUAUUUGAAAAAUACCGUUGAGCCAGUGAGCACAUUUUAUAAUUUGGAAGACACAAAUCAAAUGUGAAGGAUUUGAUUUUCUACAUUUAAAAUGAAGAACCAAAAUUAUCUUCUUGAUUUUCAGCUAAAGGCAGGAGACUACUUUCCAACUCCUUUUGCUUCUGGAGAAGGCCCUGAAAUCACAUUGAUAUAUGUUAGUAAAAUGUGCACACCUGACUUGCAAUGUUGUGUUAAACUAGAAUUCUAUUCACUUGGAAAACAUACUGCUUAGGAUAAAAUUGUCAUUCAAAAAUUUUUCAGAAAUGCUUGUACUAGACCACUUCAUUUGGAUAUAUAAGCUAUCACAUUUGUAAGAUUGUAUUUUUAGCAUAAAAAUCAGUAGGGAUGAGAAUUUUCUUAAAAAUCAAGCCUCCAAAACUAUGGGGGUAAAUGAAGUCAUUCCCUCUCCCCCAAUCCACCCCCAACUUCUCUUAGAUACUAGGAGGCGUCUCCCUUAAUAUACAUACAGUGUUUGUUUUGUUUGAGACGGAGUCUUGCUGUGUUGCCCAGGCUGGAGUGCAGUGGUGCGAUCUCGGCUCACUGCAAGCUCCGCCUCCCAGGUUCAUGCCAUUCUCCUGCCUCCCAAAUAGCUGGGACUACAGGCACCCACCACCACACCCAGCUAAUUUUUUGUGUUUUUAGUAGAGACAGGGUUUCACUGUGUUAGCCAGGAUGGUCUCGAUCUCCUGACCUCGUGAUCCACCUGCCUCGGCCUCCCAAAGUGCUGGGAUUACAGGCUUGAGCCACACUGCGCCUGGCCAACAUCCAGUGUUUAUCUUGACUGUCCUAACCUUACCUUAGAUGCUAAUAGAAGGGUCCUGCUGAAAUAACACUGGGCACUAUAUUUGUGGGUAAAUGUGUACAUCAUAUUCCUUUCUCUUUAUCUCACAAUUUUUGUUUCCACUAAGCAAGAAGUAAAUUAACACUUUGUCACUCUAAAGAAAUAAUUUAUGUAAAACUCUUAGUAAUCCUGUUUGUCUUCAAAUGAGUAAAUAGACCAAAGGGGACAAUUUUCUAGUUCUGUAGAGGGAAGACAUCUGAGUCAGCAUUUUGAAAUGCAGAGGGUACAUGAUGACAUGGGAAAGGGCACUUAUAAACAGCACAGCUUAUUCUUCCCUGAGUACAGAGUAUAUAGUGAAUCAAAGCUAACUACAGCCAUUCUUUUUAAAGCCCAAGGGAUGGAGCAAAGGUUGUAAGCAUGUCACCUGUUUUAAUCAGAGAGUAAAAUAAUGAGAAGUCACAACAGUUUGGGAGAAAAAGUAAUCUGGUGAGUAAGGUUAGACGUAUAAUUUCAUACUGAAUUUACUACUAUUUGGGAUGUACGUCAAUAUUCUAAACACUGCCAACACGUCAAGUUUUUUUAAAAGCCACAUAUUGCUAAGAAUUUGUUAAAGCGUAACUGUAUUUUUUGUUUUAGGGCCUUAUUGAUGUUUUGCCGUUCCAAUGUAUGCAUUUUUAUACUCAAUAAACUUGUCUUAAUUUUG